UGCCCCUAUUUGCUCCUUCUUGUCAUAAUGUUUUGCUGGUAUUGGUGUUCCUAAUGGCUUGUAAGAGAAACGACUUUCGGUUGUCUCUGUACCUGCUUUUCCUGCUUACAUUUUGUUAAGUUUUCCAUGUUAUAGAUCCAUGUACAACUUGUGGAUUAAGUGUUUGUUAAAAUGCUUAUGAGGGGUUCGACAUGAAACACUUCAGUUCUAACGAAUGAGAAGGUUCAUCGGCUCCUGUUGUUGUGGAUUAAGUGUUUGUUAAAAUGCUUAUGAGGGGUUCGACAUGAAACACUUCAGUUCUAACGAAUGAGAAGGUUCAUCGGCUGCCAGUUGCCACCGCUUCAUACGUGUUGCCAAUUUUGAACAGGAGUGAGCAUUGAAGGAGUUCACCCUAUCUCGGGGAAAGAUUGUCACAGAGCAGGGGAAGGCCCGACAAUUUUACCCUACCGCGAAACCGGUUCCCUCGAUGCAUGCAGCUGCCGCUUGCCCGACGCGGCUGUCUUUUGAGUUUUGAGUUUUGAUAGCACCUGCUGAACACGGCGUGCGGUUCUCCGCCAACAGGGUUCUCCGGCCUGCGGUUCUCCUUCGGCGCGGUGCGUCUCCGCUCAUUUACUUUUCCGGUGGCCAUUUGCUGCUGCGACGACGGGCUUCUCCAGCGUGCGCGUUUCUGAAUCUGUUGCGUCGCUGUCCGGCAAGGUGAAUCUCCGGUAAUUCAGGAUCGAUCGUGCCUUCCCCUUCCCGCUACUCUACAUCUUCUACCUCCACCCGGCGGCAUAUCUCCAUCUUCUACCUCCACCGGCAGCAUCCUCUCUCUCCGGGGUCCGCUGCUCUCUCUCCGGUGGUUAUCCUCCGAAGAACGAUCGGACUGCUCGCCUGCUCUAUUCUUCUUUCACAUCUUUCCACUUCUUCACUCAUGAAUGAAACUGCAUUUAUUUAGGAAGAGAGGGCACGAACUGAGUGAACAGCUGCACAUUCACUUACUUUGAUUCUCAAUGAAGUGGCUAAAGGAGGCGUCUGCUUUAGGCCAUUGCCGACCUGAAGAUGUAGCUUGGCUAUCUUCACGCUCUGAUUUAGAACUGGAUGUGUUGAUUAGCAUAAAAGCGACAGUUAUUCACCGUGCAAAGGCUGUUGGUUGUGAGGAAUCGGGCAUCAAGUCUGAUCUGAAGAUGCUACGUGCCAUAGAUCUGGUGAUGCGGGAAUGCUUCAAAGAGUGCUUGAGAAAUGUACCUGCUAUAUCAAAAUCAACAGCAAGUGCAAUCCGUCCAGAUGAGUUGGAUGUAUCUGGAGCAGAAUGUCAUGAGGAUGUCAACUCACUUGUUGAGAAGGAGGUCAAGGACUGGGAAUACUCUUCUCUACGACAGGACAAAAAACUCAACAGGUUCGAUCAAGAGUAGAUGGUUGAAGGCUCGGCAGUGGAAGUGGUGAAGCAACAAUAUAGCUUGCCUUAACCAGAUUGUUGAGUUUCCUUGGUUGCUAAACCAUUUAUAUGCUGCAUUUGCUAAGGAGCUUAAUUGGGCAAUUGCAGCUUGAAACGCAAGCAUGAUACUUGAUGCUGUCAUGUCAUCAGCAAUGGUGUGAUGAGUGAUACGUUAAACUAAUUUAUGGGCAUGCUUCUACUAGUUUAUGGGUUUGUUAAAAUGUGAUAUAUGAUGCAGUUUGCGUUC